AGUGCUGCCUGCGGUCAGAGUAUUAGUCCGAGGGUAGCACAGCAAGGCACUUGGGGGAGUAGAAAAUAUCGCUUGCCGAUGCUGGAUUAUAAGGAUGCAGGAGAUGAUGCAGAGGUAGACCGUCUUAAACUGUUGGCUUUUUACAUUUAUAACAAGAGGCAUAAGUGAGAAUGAUGAUGAUCCCUGUCACAUGUAAAAGAGUUCUGCAGGUGUCUUUUCUCCUCCUCCUGAUUGGACAAACACAUGGUGGAGUGACGGCGCCGGCACGUUUGAAAGCACCUGUGGACAAACCCUUUACGCUGACCUGCACACUUUCAAAGGACCGUGGUGAAACUUUGAGGGAGGUCCAUUGGCUGGACGACAAGAAUCAGACCCUGCUGAGCUACCAGCCAGGUGACGGAGACAGCGUGAGUGGACAGCAGCACGUGGAGCUCGCCACCUCAUCAAAGGACUCCUUUGCGAUCACCAUUCGCAGGGUGGGCUUCCGUGAUGAAGGCUGCUACACUUGCAUCUUUGAGCUGAGUCCUUCAGGCUCAAAGCAAGGACAGACGUGUCUCACUGUUGACGCUGAAGUCACAUCUGAGAGAAACAAAACAGCAGUGAGCGGCAAGAAGGCGUCCCUGUCAUGCUCCUUUGGUUUGCCCGAAAAGGUGCAGCAGAUACUGUGGAAACACACGCCUGCUCAAGGCGAAUCAACAGAGGUGGCCUCUUUUGCAAAACGGAGCGACCCCAUGAUCGAGCCAGCUUAUCAGGGGAGAGUCUGGCUCUCUGCUUCUCUGUCAGACAGUCAGCUUACGAUCCAGCCUGUGGCCAUCCAGGAUGAGGGUUGCUACACCUGCGUCUACGAGACGCACAAUGACGGGACAAAGAGCUCUGUGGUCUGUCUCUCUACCUACGUUCUUCCAAAACCUCAGGUGAGCUACAAGACCACUUCUCCAGGCGUGAUCGAAGCCAACUGCACGUCUGUGUCUCGGCCUCCUGCAGAGAUUGUGUGGAACGUGGAGACCGACAACCGCACCAUUGGCCCCCCUGUGAGCGUGAAUCUCCGUCAGGAUGACGGGACCACUCUAGUCAUCAGCACGCUGACCGUCCUAUCAGGGCUGCUUAAAGAUGUGUCUGUCAAAUGCUUGGUGCAUCACAAAGGGCUCGAGUCACCCAUCGCAGUAUCCAUGAACACUAAGAUUGGCACAGCUCUCACCAUCCUGAUCUCGGUCACCACGGUCGCAGCUCUGCUGGUGAUGUCCUUGUGCUUCUGCCUUUGGAAGUGUUUUUUGCGUAAAGAAGGUGUGCAAGAUGAUUAAUCUUAGAGCUGAAAAGAGGAUCUUCUCAGGACCCUCCUAAUGAGAAGGUUUCCCUGCCAUAUCCUCGUCUCUCGUCAUUGUCACCAUAUCUAUUACAAUAUGGUUGGAAAGGGAAGAUGCUCUCAAACUCCUUAAGGGCUGUCCAGCACAAUCCUAUUCAUCAUCACCACCUGAGCGACACUCAGCUUUACUCUGACUCUUCCAUAGUCUUCUUUUUUUUACUAUUUUUGUUCAUCUGAGCUCUGUAAUUGAUUGAGUCGAUGGCUACACAUUCCAGAACAGCGAAGUCUCUGUGCAGCUGAGUUGAGUUAUUUUGCAGAACAUUACAUGCCCUCAGAAAACCUUUCUGUGGUUGUCUCUGUUUUUUUUUCUUCAUGAACCUCAGAGAUGUGUCUUAAUAUUUUCUAUUUUUCUUACUCGCUAAAAUGUAAUACAAACUCCAAAACAAACCAAAACAUUUGAACUUGAAUGAAGUUUUAACAUUACAAGUAUUGCAAAUCUUGUCUUUGAAUUAUAAGAUUGACAGCUCAUUAUUUUGAGAGCUGAAAGGGUUUAUAAAAAAUGUAAGAAAUUAAAAUUAUUAUGGUAAACUGUAAUCUGUCUUCCAAAAGUGUUCGUACUGCCUUGAACAACUAAUUUUAAAGUAUUUUCUCACAAUUUUAUCUGAUAGAUCAAAUCAUAAUAAUGGAUAGAUGUGAAGUGGAAGGUAAAUAAUACGCUGGAUGAGCUCAAGCAAAAGAAUAUGUUGACAUGUUGCUACCUCCUAGCUGGAGGUAGCAACAUCAUGUAGUGGAAAUGCUUUUCUUUAUCUGGGACCAGAAGGUUUGUUAGCGAUUAACUGGGGCAAAGAUUUAGUGAACUUGUGCUGUUUUUGCAUGGAAAAAUGGGCAAACGCUUCAGUGUUUGCGACAUGACAAAAUGAUAAAAAGUUCAAAGGUCAUGAAUACUUUCGUAAGGCACUGCAUUCCAAAUGUUUUUUCAUAACUAUGCUUUACAGCAUUAUUUUUUCUUUUUCUUUUUUUUGUUAUAUUGUGCGUAUGUUUUUUGUUAAAUGUUAAAUUCUUCGGUCAGAUGGCUUGAAUCAAUUUCAAAAGCCUUUUCGUUGCCCCUGAAAGAAUGUGUGUCCUGCUGCUCACUGCGCAGUCGGGCACUUUCUGUCUCAACGCCCUAAAAAAUGACUUGAGCACUUCAGGUUAAAUAACUCAAAGGAUCUGUCUGUUCUUUAAAAAUCCCUCUCACUUUGGACCAAACUCACAGAAACAUCAAAGCAUAAAAAAAUGCAUUGAUGCUUCUAGUUGAUCAUUAUUUUUUAUUUUAUUUUAUUUUUUUGCAUUUUUACCUGGCUUUUUAUUAUCAAAGCUAUGACUCGAAGCAUUGUAGUUACUGAAGCGAAUGAUUUGCAUUUUUUCUUGUUUAUUGAUGGAUGUAAGACAUGGAAGUCAUCAGAGUUAUGUUAGGAAUAACAUUCCUGCCCGCUGAAGGCUUUCAAUCACACAGCAAUACUGUAUUUCACUGAAGAUACAUUAUGAAAAGCAUCACAUGUAAAAUAACUGUAAAAGAAUAAAUAAAUAAAUGACUGAAAAAGUAACCGUGGAGUCUCUCUGCCACCGUUUUUUGAGCUUUAUGCUGUAUGUCUUUAACUGGAUUCAGAGAAAGAUCAAAUGUUGUACCAAAUCUGCCUGCCAGAUGCUGAUUUUUUUUUUUUCAUCUAAGCCAGAGCACUGAUGAUGGAUCUUCUGAAAUGAUGAAAAAAAAGAUGCACCCAUAUGCUUUCAGAAACUUACACCAUGCCUUUCUCAAGGAAUGCAAGUAAUUGUGCAGGAAAACAAACGUUUGUGCACGUAUGGGAUUUAAUUUAGCACUUGUGGAAACAGUCAGCUGUAGAAAUAUUUUUUGAUUACGUUAGCCAGGCUAUUUAACCCAGGAAUUUGUGUUACACCACCAAGUCUUCGACAUUACGCCAACCAUUUCAGAAAUUAUUUAUGUAGUAGAGCCACUCAGACUUAGACUCACAUCAUUUAUCUCAGAGAUAUAAAGCGUGUGUGUAUGUGUUGUAUGAAAGCUUAUUUGGGAAUGCGUGCAUAAAAUAAACUUACGUGUGAGACAUUUCAGAGAGGUAUGUGUGUCUUAUUGCAUGUGUAUAUUUUGGAUCAACUACAUUUUGCUUGAGGAACGCAGCUGUGCAGAUCACAUUCCUGGUGGUGGCGUUUGGUUCUGCGACUGUAAAAAGCCGCCCUCGCUUGGAAAUGCGUAACAGUCACUACGAUCACAUAAGUGACCAUGUUGUCAAUCUGUCGCAGUGAGGAUGACUUAUUUGUUCACCAGUGACAGAAAUACAAACGGCACUGCUUGUGUGACAGAGAAAGAGUUUAGUAGUUUUUAAUCUCAGAGGUUUUGUGUUGGUCACAACAACUGCCAGACAUUAUUGCCGAAAGAAAAAAAUUUCCACACAGCAAGACAGAGGUUUAUUCCUCCAAUGGGGAAUUUAUGUGCAGCUGUAAUCUCAACUUUUUACCUUUCAUAGCAUCCCACUGGGGGAAGUAAAAGAUCUUAUUAAUCACUGGCAUUUUUUUGUAUUUUCAUCAUGACAUUUUUCUGAGUAGCAGCACAUCCAGAAGAAUGCUUGGAAUAGAUUUAUUAAGGAACAUUGUGUUAGAUAUCAUCAAAUUAAAAUUAUAUCUCGGCAAGAUGAGCAAGUCAGGUAACAGCAUUUCUUGCAAAAUGUAUUUGAUUUGCAGCAGCAGCUUAUUAUUUUUGCAGUGAUGUAACAAAAAAUGAACUAAACUAGAAAAGAAUUCCAGCUUGAUUUUUUUUAUCUUCCUCUAUUUUUCGUUUCUAACUUCACAACUUCUCUUUGCACCAGUCCAAACCAACUCAGCAUUGCUCCGUGUUAAUUUUACACAGAGCCGUUACUAUAAUUAUUCACUAUUGUCCGGAUAGGAGCCUUGCAUCUUCACUUUUACUACCCCAACUCUUCCGAUCUUACUCAAGCGUCUCUGCAUCAAAACCAGAUAUGAUCAUAGCAGGUCUGACUUCUAUGUUGCUGCAAACCUUCUCUUUCAUUCCUGCAGCUCUCCGCCUGUCACUUUUUUUCCACCUCCUGUGCAUUUCCUGUUUCUCUGACCCCUGAAACUCAAUCUCAUCUAUCUUUAUAACCUUUACACCACACAGGUUCUUUGUUGCACCUUACCCCAUCUCGUUCACGUAUAUUUUUAGAAUAAUGUUGCAUUUUAUGUGGUGCAUUAAGAUUAUAGGACAGCAACUUUGCCACUUUCAGGAUUUAAUCAUCUGAAUCUGAAUCUAGCACACUUGAAGAUAG